AUGGCGACGCCAUCCGUCCUUCGGACAAUCCGAUUGUCACCUCUGACCACCACGUCUAUCGCAUCAUGUAGCCGCAGCCGCUCAUUCACGACCUCCACCACACUCUCCUCCGCCUCUUCCCAAAUGCGAAUGCUGAUCGUCGGCAGUCCCGGAUCCGGCAAAGGCACACAGUCUACUCGUCUCCUCUCGCACUUCUCCUUCACUAUUCUGUCCGCCGGUGACGUCCUCCGCUCCCACAUCUCGCGCGGGACAGAGAUCGGUCAGCGUGCCGACUCCGUCAUCAAAUCAGGCUCGCUCAUGCCCGACGACAUCAUGAUGUCCCUCAUCGGUUCUUCCAUCACCUCGCUCUCCUCCUCCGACUGGCUGCUCGAUGGAUUCCCACGCACCCUUGGACAAGCUCAAAUGCUCGAUACUAUGCUCUCCUCCUCGUCCUCCGACCUCGAACUCGUAGUCAACCUCGACGUCCCCGAAGAAAUCAUCCUCGACCGAAUCCUAAACCGUUGGACCCACCUCCCAUCAGGUCGAGUCUACAACCUCACAUACAACCCUCCCAAAACCCCUGGAAAGGACGACAUCACAGGUGAACCACUAAGCAAACGCCAAGACGACAACGUCGAAACCUUCGCAAACCGCCUCAAAUCCUUCCACAAACAAACAGAACCCAUGCUACAACAUUACCGCGAAAAGUCGGGCAGCAUUCUGGACAUCGAUUGCAGAGUCGAAACCGAUCCAGAGAGCGUCGAGGAAAAGGGAGAGUUGUUCGUCAACCUGCGAGGUGAUACGAGCAAUCAGAUCUGGCCUCACCUCCUCAAAAUAGUUCGAGGCAGAUUCCCGCAUCUCAAGCCAUCACAGUCUUCCGCAUAA